GUCGCUGCAACUUUGGCGACAGCUGUUCCUUCUCUCAUGAGGUGGCCACCGUGCCGCAGCCCUGGGUGAGGAUCACGCAGCCCGCGGAGCGCGACAUAUGCCGCCACUUCCUGGAGGGCCGCUGCAACUAUGGCGACCAGUGCAGUUUCCGGCAUCCUGUCGCAGAGGAUACGUCCCUCUGCCGCCACUUUCUUGAGGGCAAGUGCACCUAUGGGGAUGCUUGCCGGUUCAGCCACGGAGGCCAGACAUAUGUUCCAGUCACUGUUCCAGCUGCGCCUACGAAGCCAGCUCCCAUACGAGUUGCGCCUCCAAACUGGAAGCCUGCGGACGACAGGCCGGUGUGCCGCCACUUCUUGGAAGGACGGUGCCGCUUCGGGGAGGAGUGCCGCUUCUCGCACCAAGGAGAAGAGAGCGCAGCGCGACUGCCUCCUACGGCGCCUGCCGUUCCAAUAGACGACAGGCCUCUUUGCCGACAUUUCCUCGAAGGGAAGUGCACCUACGGUGAUGCAUGCCGCUUUAGUCACGGAGAUGCUGCGGCAGAUGUCUUCCAACCUGAGCCCAUGGCAGAUGACAGGCCCAUCUGCAGGCUCUUUCUGGAGGGGAAGUGUGCUUCUGGCAGCCAUUGCCAGUUCUCUCAUGCAGUCACCCUCGACCCAGCGAUAGCCGCUGCUUUGACAGCAACACCAGUGCCGUAUGGCCACACGCUCCCAGAAGCGGAAGCCAGGCCUGUUUGUCGACACUUUCUGGAGGGAAAGUGCAACUACGGCGAUGCAUGUCGAUUCGCUCAUACAG